UUUACAUUGUUUCUUUUGUUUGAAAUAAUUUGUAUUGUUUUAUUUCCUCCUACUUCUCAUGAUACAUGACAAAUAAUGCAAACAAGAAACUACUGGCAAACUGCCUCGUACUGAGUCGCCAGCAGCCAAUCGCCUACACUGAAGAUGUGUCGCCAUUGAAUGCUGUCGAUGUCAGAUGGUUUGCUCCUCCAACUUAUGCAAACAUUGUACCCACUCAACCAUUAGAAGAGCCUGCCAACGUCGAUUCAUCACGUUCCAUGAAAAUCAAGCGGCGAAUAAGCCUGAGUCGAGGUCCUUCUCUCAGGCUGAAAACCUUAUUUGCCGUUCCAGUUCCUCAUCAUCGAAGAGGAUUCUCUGAUAUUGCUGUACACCCUAUGGUACCAAAGGAAGAGAUGGUAGUCACUGAGGAGGAAGUUGAGAAAGGGCAUGAGCAGCGGACUCCCGUUGAAGGAAAAUAUUUUGAAGAACUCAGUACAGAUGACCGAUUUUGGUUACGAAACUCCACCACGCACAUUUACCAGCAGCAAAGCUCAGCCAAAGAUAACUGGCUUGUUCGAAAGCUAAGUAUACCCAAACGACCACUUCCAUCCAUACCUAUUGGUCGUAUUCAAAAACACCUCAGCUUAAGACGAAGAGUCGAAGCUAUACUAGCCAACUAACAUCAGCCUAGUCGCCAUUAAUAACUCCAUAUCUGUAUAUUUAACUUCAUACCCAAAGGUAUAAUUGAGCUCGUUCUAUUCAUG